GCUUGCCUCAGUUUAAGCUUUUUCCCCUGGUUCACUCCAGUAGAUAAAAUAUUGUAUUUCUCAUGUUUGUUGUUAUCCCCAACUGUAUAUAGAGAACAAAUGAAGCAGAUCCCCUGAGAAGUUCUUAUUAAAGCUGCACUGCCCCUCCGCGGAUCUGGUUCCUCCAUCCCCUCGUCUCCUCUCAUCUCCUCCCCUCUUCUCCACAUCUCUCCUCCUCCUUCCCUCUAGUUCACUGUUUACUUUGAGCUCGCACUUGGCUGCCCCGUGGCCCCGCGCUGAUUUACUUGAGAAGGCAGCAGAUGGAGAGAGCAGACCUCUCUCUUUCACCCACACUCUCUCUCUCUCUCUCUCUCACACACACACACACACACACACACACACACACACACACACACACACACACACACAUACAUUCUUCCUCUUACUUUAUCUCUUUCUCACUGUUUCUAUCUCCUGUGUGGAUUUUGGUCACUCAUGCUCCAUUUGGACUGUUACAACCUGGCUGCACACUGAGCAGUGACUGAAGAAUUUCUGCCCCACCAACACACACUGUCUGGCUCAUAUCCUACAGGGUGACCACAUGUGGGCCACUAUGUUGGGGCAAAGCGUAAAGCUGCAACCGGUGGCCAUUCAGAGCCUGUCAGAACUGGAGCGAGCCCGGUUACAGGAUGUGGCCCUCUAUCACCUGGAGGAGAGAGAGCUGGACUUCAAGAUCAGCAUUCCCAAAGAGAUUCGCAAGAUGAGGAAGUCACUAAGAAGAAAAUUUGAUUCCUUUUCCAAGGAAAAGAAAGAAAGAGAAACAGCCCCCAAGGCGUUUGGGAUUCCUCUCUCACAGGUGAUCGCUAACGAUCGGGCCUAUAAACAGCGACAGGAUGCUCUGAAGGAGAGCCGCCGGGAUUGUCUGGAGUUGGAGGCCAGCGUCAUGCACUUCCGUGCUGAAAAACGACAGCAGAAUGGAAACCGGCCCCUGGUCAGCACAGCCUCGACCUCAGGCGAUGCAUCCUCAUCGCUUCUGGAGCUCCACAGCAAACCGCUUUCACCAACUUUCCUGGACAACAGCUCUCGCAGCCACAGACGGGGAGGAUUGUCCGUGGACUCCAUCUCAGACUUGGUGGAAAGUCAGUCCAGGCUUCUGGAGGCACUGCAGCUCUCUCAUCCUAAUGAAUUGGACAUCAAGAAGACGCCAGCGGGCCGCACACAGACCAAACUGAGCCUGAACCCCAUUUACAGACAGGUGCCACGUGUCAUGGAGCGCUGCUGCCAGCACAUACACACAUACGGGUUGCAGACGGUGGGGAUUUUCCGAGUAGGAAGCUCCAAAAAGAGAGUCCGUCAACUGCGUGAAGACUUUGACAGUGGAACAGAUGUUGUAUUGGAUGAUGAACACAGUGUUCAUGAUGUGGCAGCACUAUUAAAGGAGUUCCUGAGGGACAUGCCUGACCCUCUGCUGCCCAGAGAGCUCUACUGCGCCUUUCUGCAUGCUAACAAUUUGUGGGGCGCUGACCAGUUGACAUACCUGCAGCAGCUCUUGUACCUGUUGCCUCCGUGUAACUGUGACACUCUGCUGAGGCUGCUGAGUUUAUUACACACAGUUCAGGAGCACGCUCAUGACUCCGUCGGCCCUGACCAGCAAGAGAUGCUGGGUAAUAAGAUGACAGCAGGUAACCUGGCCGUGAUUUUUGGGCCCAACCUCCUGCAGAAGGAGAAAGGAUCAGAUAAAGACCUGAAACCUGAGGCAAUGGGCAUCGAGGACAGUGCUGCCAUCAUCUCAGUUACCCUGCUCUUUAUACAGCAUUACAAAUAUCUCUUCACGGUUUCAGCAGAGCUCCAGCAGGAGGUGCUUAUGAGUCUCAUUCAGACUGAUCCAGACGUCAUUGACUACCUGCUACGCAGGAAACUCAGCAGUGUGACAGUGGAGCCAGAUCUGGGACUACGCAGGGACACUCAGACGUCUCUGGACUCAGUGGGUCAGUCCAGUGAUGACAUGUCACCUAUCGAGCCUCUGUCCCCCUUGUUCAUAGACUCAGCUGGGGGAAGCAGUCUGAGCAGCGAGGUUUUUUUCAACGCAUUACGUCUCAGCACCAACAGCAAACGCUCUUCAGAUGACUCACCCAAGUCCAUAGCAAAGAUGCGACAGUUCCAUUCCCAUCACAACCUGUUGAGUCUUGUCCAACCCUCCACCCAGCUCCAACUUGAUGAGCGAGAGCUGCAGAGAGGCAAGGGGCUGCCCAAUCCAGUCGAGGGUCUACAGUACAGUCUCCAGCCACAGGAAGACACCUCCCAGCCCCAGAGCUUGAAAGAAAGGAGUGUGUGGGUGCGACAGGGCUCCAACACCUCCUCCACCUCAGAAGACAGCAAGCAGCCAAGCAACUUCUGGGACUUUUUCACUGGCAAGAUGAUCCAGAAGACCUUCUCUCCUAAACUUCUUCAGCGACCAGACUCAACGUGCAAAAAGUUCAGCGGGAAACAAUGGCAAGGUGAACUUUUUUUAGAGAUCAUAUAAGCAUUUUUCUACCAUUCACAGUUUUUUUUCUUUUUCCUUUUUUACUUUGGGAGAAUUAUUAUUUUGUCCAAGUGGAGUGGCACGGGCAGCAGAGAUGAACACAGAUGGCGUAGUAGCACACACUGAACCACAAGGAGGGAACCAUUACCAAAAAUCUCUCUGAUGGGUGAAAAGAGAAUGUAUGGACGCGGCCCAAGCCACAGUGCAUAAUCCUAUAAAAACUGUCUAAUUAUACACAAAAUAAAACUGUUAAAACAUCUGAUGGAACAACAUACUGUACUGACACUACAUCAAUAAAUAUAAUCCGUUAUAAGCAAUGCAAACAUGGCUAAUGGACUUUUUUCAAACUGUUUCUUAUGCACCAAUACAAUACUCACACCUAAAAGUAGUUGAUGUCUCUUUUUCUUUCCUUUUAUUGGGAACCAACACCAUCAUUCAUUUAGUCCAUACACUUCAUAUUUCAGUCUAUAACCUUCUUCUUUUUUUUUUUUUUUUUCUUACAAUCUGUACAUUGUCAAAAGUGCAACAUUGACAGGCAGUGGUUUGGAGGGGGUGAGCGGUCACAUGACUCACAGAGCUCCUGUGCUACAUUACACAGGCUUGCAAGUAACAUUAACAAACUGGCUUUUAAUGCAAAAUCUAAUCAACAUUCAUUUACUAUGAUCAGUGCUUAGAUGUGUCAUUAAACAAAACAAUCAUUGGGAUGCAGCUUACAGCAUUUCAGAAAAGAAUUUUUCUAAACCAUACAUUUGUGUAGCAACAAUGUGGGUUCAAGUCCACGGCACCAGUGGCAUUCCAUAUGAAAGAAUAAUUAGCAAAACAUAUAUGAAAAUAUAAACCUAGAAUUUUAUAUAAAUUAUGAAGUAGACCCAAAAAAAAAAAAAAAAAAAAAAAAAAAAAAAAAAAAAAAAAACACUUUCAG